UCGUCUCCAUCUGCAGUUUUCAUUGAAUCAGCUUCUCUAGUUUCAGAAACACAAACUGCUCUGGUUCAGAGAAAUGUUCUGUUCAGACAGAAUGGGAUUGAAACCCAAAGUGUGGUUUUCUCAGAGGAGCAGAGAUCUUUCUGCUUCUGUUUGACUGCAUGAAAGCAGCAGAGACCAGAAGUGAGACAGAAACUCUGAGAGUGGAAGUGAGCUCUGGAUGCUGAAUGUGUCUGUGUUUGGACUCCCAGCAGAACUGUGCUGCUCUCUCAUGUUCCUGUGGUUUCAGGAGGAGCAGAAGAAAACAGACUGAUGGACUUCAGGAUAACUGAACACGUGCACAACUCUACAUUUCCUCUUUCAUGCUGUCACUUUCUGCAUGAAUCUUUCAUCUAAUAACUGCAGGAAUAUUUGUCAUUUUCUUCUCUCAUUUCACACAGCAGUUCACCAAGUUCCUCCACUGCAGACAGAGACAGUCAUGUUGAUCUGAACAUUAGAGAAACUCAUCAUGGAGCUGAAAUAUGAUCCUGAUUCACUCAGAUGACACUUUAACAGCACACAGGUUUUUGGAGCACACUCUCACUGUGUGGGAGCUAUGACUACUACAUCUUUGGAUCUGGAACUCGACUGUUUGUAACGGAUGAGUCCGUAGUGAAGCCCGUGGUGAGCGUGUACCCAGCAGCAUCCAGAGUCCAUGUGGAGGGGAGCAGCUCCCUGCUGUGUCUGGCCUCAGCCAUGUUUCCUCCUGUGGUCCAGUUCUCCUGGAAAAGACAGAAGAACAACGGACCACUGGAGGACCUGACCUCUGAAGAGCAGCUGGAUCUCAGAGAGUCGGGACGCAGCGCCUCCAUCCUGCUGGUUCAUCAGCAACAGGACAGCUCCUAUAAAUACAUCUGCUCCGUCAAACAUGAGGGGGGCACAGUGGAGGCCCAAACACAACAAGAGGUUCCUGCACUUCCAGCUGCAGGUUCCACAGCAGCUCCAACAUCCCAUCCAGCAUCUUCCAGCAUUCUAGCAGGGGGAACAGCCUCUGUUCCUCCUCUGGACCUGGUGAAGCUGUCCUUCCAGUCUGAGUGCAGGGUGAAGCUGCUCUGCCUGCUGUACUCAGUGCUGAUAGUGAAGAGUCUGGUGUACUGCUGUGGACUCUCUCUGCUGAUGAUCCUCAGAAACAAGGGAGCAUCCACCAACUCCAGACAUGCUGAAUGACUGUUUUCUGCUCGUCUUUUCUCUCCAUCAAAUCUCCUCCUUUCAUCUCAUUCAUCACUUUGAUCACAGUUCUCAAAUGUUCUUCAUGACUUGCUGUAGAUCCUUCAUCAAACUGUGUCAGCUGUGUUGUAGAGAUGGAACUUUGCAGUUUUCUGCUUUUUCAUUUACAUUUUCUGUACAUUGAUCCAUAUUCUUACAUUUUAUUUACAACAAUAUUCUCAAUAAACUUCAAGACAAUUUUCUUGUUUGAAGACAUUUAA